AUGUCUGAUCUCGAAGCUGUGCUUGCUGAUGUGAGCUACUUAAUGGCGAUGGAAAAAAGCAAAAACAUCGCCACUAAGGCUCCAAAGAAAAAUAUUAUUCCUGACUCCAGCAUUCGAAGCAUCAUGGUUUCCUAUUUAAGUAGACAUGGAAAAAUAACCUUCGAGAAUAUAUUCCAAGAACGACUGGGUUUCAUAUUUUUUGUCAAAUUCUGCAAAUCACAAGAUUCGCCUAAUGUUCAACUUAUUGAAUUUUAUGAAGCAAUCAAAGAUUUCGAGCUCAUUGACUCCGAAUGCGAUCGGGUCAGGGAAGCAAAGCGAAUUUAUGACACUUAUAUUAUGAAGGAAUUGCUAUCUAAAGUCCAUUUGACGAUGUCAGACUUCAGCGUGCAUAGAAUCAUUGGUAGAGGAGGAUUUGGCGAAGUUUACGGUUGCAGAAAACUUGAUUCCGGAAAAAUGUGA